CCGCCCUUCUCUGCUUGAGUCUACGACUCUACAGGCCCCGCCUUAAGGCAGUACCACGUGACAGACACGGCGCGAAAGAGCUGGGAGGCAUGGCGACCCUCGGAACCCCUGCCCACUGGACUACACGGUUGGAGCCACUGUCUGCUGAAACCCAACUCGAGCUCCUGAAGUUGCAGCUGAGAGCGUAGCUUUGAGGUAGAGACGCGGCCCUGCAUGCAGAGGGUUCACUUCAUGCAUCACAAGAAACCGAAAACCCACAGGAGACAAAAUAUCGUUGCGCAGUGCAACCCCGGAAGAGUCCAUGGUCGGCCCCCAAGCCCGCGCUCACUCUGCGCGCGCGCACGGUUCGCCAGGCUCCGCAGGGAGGUCCACAUCCGGGGCUCCGUGGCCGCGGCACGGUUGCCAUGGCAGCAGGGCGGCUGGCAGACCGCCCACGCUGAGGGCCGAUCUCGCAGAGCCCAGGAGGCCGCGCAGCGCCGCCGCUAUGAGUCUGGACACCGCGGAGUUGGCUUCCGAGACGGGCGAUGACAGUCUGUCCGCAAUUACCUUUGAUUCCGACUUUGAGACGAAAACGAAAAGAAAAGAUUUUCACAAACCUCCUCCCACAUCACCGAAGUCACCUUACUACUCCAAGCCCCGAAAAGCGACAUCCUGGCGGUCUCUGAAGACAGCAGGGAACAUGCCUCUGAGCAGCAGAAUGUCCUUGACUCCACAGAAGCUGUGGCUGGGAGCCUCGAAACAGGGAAGUGUGACCCAACCCAUGAGCUCCAUGCUUACCUCAGAGCACGCGUGGACCCAACCCCCCAGCUGCACUCCUGACCACCUGACAGAAGCCAUGAGAGCGAAGAGGGCAGACCUCAGGCGUUCUGGCAGCCAUGGUCACGUCUCUGGGACUUGUGUCUACAGAGAGAAGGAGGACAUGUAUGAUGAGAUCAUGGAGCUGAAGAAGUCCUUACAUAUGCAGAAAAGUGAUGUGGAUCUGAUGAGAACAAAGCUUCGGCGCUUGGAAGAGGAGAACAGCAGGAAGGAUCGGCAGAUAGAACAGCUUUUGGAUCCAGGUCGAGGCCCAGACUUCGUUCGAACCCUGGCCGAGAAAAAGCCCGACACUGGCUGGGUCAUCACCGGGCUCAAGCAAAGGAUCUUCAGGCUGGAGCAGCAGUGCAAGGAAAAGGACAACACCAUCAACAAACUGCAGACCGACAUGAAGACCACCAACCUGGAGGAGAUGCGCAUCGCCAUGGAGACAUACUAUGAAGAGAUCCAUCGUCUGCAGACCCUCCUGGCCAGUUCUGAAGCCACAGGAAAGAAGCCCAUAUUGGAGAAGAAGAUGGGUAUGAAGAGGCAGAAGAAGAUGAGCAGCGCCCUGCUGAACUUGACCCGGAGCGUGCAGGAGCUGACAGAGGAGAACCAGAGCCUGAAGGAGGACCUGGACCGCAUGCUGAGCAAUUCUCCCACUGUCUCCAAAAUAAAGGGUUACGUGGACUGGAGCAAGCCCCGGCUGCUGAGACGCAUCGCCGAGUUGGAAAAGAAAAUGAGUUCUUCAGAAAGCCCAAAGCCGUCUGCUUCAGAUUUGGUCAAGCCAAAUACUCUGGUCCGCUCCUCAUCCAAUGUCUCAGUGCAAAAGCAGUCCAAAGAGGACCAGCCCAAAGAGGACCAGCCCAGGGAGGAUCCGACUGAGGACCAGGAGCAUCUCCAGGGAACCGUGAGGAUCCUGAAAGGGGAGAGGAGCGCAUUGGAGGCCCAGCUGCUGGAGAAGGGCGUGGAGAUGAAUAAGCUGCUACAGGCCAAGAUCGACUUGGAGAAGGAGCUGGAAAUGGCCAGGGAAGGCGAGAAGGAGAGACGGGAGCAGGAGCAGGCUUUGAGAGAGGAAAUUGAAGCCCUCACCACCAAGUGUCAAGAACUGGAAGAAGCUAAGAGACAAGACAGAGACUCCGCCGCAGCAGGCGCUCAUGAGGCUCACCCAGAGCUCCAGGUACCAUCACCCUGCAGCAGCAGGCACUCCAAGCCAGACAACGACAAUGAGCCCGAUUCCCACAACAGUGCCGGCGAGGGAGAUUGCUCCCAGCCCCCAACCCCGUGCUCUGAAGAGAGGAGAGAGGCCGCCAUCAGAACCUUGCAGGCCCAGUGGAAGGCCCACAGACACAAGAAAAGAAAAGCAGCUUUGGAUGAGGCAGCGACUGUGCUCCAGGCGGCCUUCAGGGGACACCUAGCUCGUUCAAAGCUGUUACGCAGCAAAGCCCCAGACUCCAGGCCUCCCAGCCUGCCGGGCCCUCCCAACCAGCUGCAGAGCUCUGCCACACCCCGUGUCCCAAGCCCCGUCACCCGGCCUGAAGACAGCCCAGCACAAGAGGAGGCCAUCAUUGUCAUCCAGUCCAUCCUCCGGGGAUACCUGGCCCAGGCCAGGUUCAUCGCCAAGUGCUGCCGAGGAAUCGCCGCCGCCUCUCAGAGGGAAGCUGUCUCAUCCCCGCCCUCCGGGUCCGUCUCCCCACCCUCCCUAGCAGCUUCUCCUGGGAAGGGCAUCGAGGAGAGCUGUGGGAAGGCUGCCGAGGCUGAAGAGGAGUCGGAAGAGGAAGCCGAAGAGGAGGCAGAAGAGUCAGCAGCCCUGCAGCUCUAUUCAGGAGCAAUAAGAGUGUCGCUCUGUGCCAAGGAGGAGCUGAAAGAGGCCGCUGCUGUUGACCCUGCCCCCUCCUCACAGCCCUCAGUUCCUGCCUCCCCGCAGGGUGGCCAUCGGGACUGUCUGUCCCCAUCCAGUCUGGAGGCUGUGCCUCGGUCCAGUGUGAAGGAUGUGUUGUCCUUGGAUGUGUGUGACGGAAGGAGCAGCAGUGCCGGAAGUGCUCAGCCAUCCCUGGUGGCGUCCUCUUCCUCAGGACUGCAGCCCCUGUCGCCACCACCUGUGGAGGAUGUCAGCUCCGAUGACUCAGAUGACAUUAUCUUUUCACCAUUUCUGCCCAGGAAGAAAAGCCCCUCCCCAUUCUAGGACCCCAGUCGUUGCCUCCCGGUGAGGUGGCUGUGGGGACAGGUUAGAGGACUCGCUAACUGAAUUUGAGAAGAUGACCUAUCUUGCUAGGGAAAGAGCCCCGCCUUGGGAACAGCUCAGCCAUCGGUUUUCUUGUGUCUUGUGCCUAUGCCUUUGAGGGACCCUGGUGGCUCUGCGCUGCUCUCUGGGGAGGGCGGACAGCCGCCUCCCACUUCCAUCUCCGGUCGCAGCCCUUGUGUUUCCAGUGCCCACCCCAAAUCAGGUCAGCAGGGAGUCCUGCCAAGACAAGAACUCUUGCGAAGUCUACCACCUGCCCUUGACCUUGGCACUGUCAGCUGCCACUGAGAUACGGCCUUCUUUGUCCUGUGCUGCCCACUGCCUUACACGUCACCCAAGCAAAUCUCCUGUCCCCACAGCAGAAUGCAAUCAUAUCACAGUCAGCAAGAAGCCUUGGACAUCAGGGCCCCAACCGAGCCCCUGUCCCAUGGGCUCCUUGCUCCCCUUUCUCUUAUCCCCACCACCUCCGUCCCCCUGAGAGGAUGAACUCUUGGAAGAGCAGCCAGCAGUGUCCCAUGGAGGGGCACAGCAGCUGUUGAGAGGCAGCGAGAGGACAGAGCCACAGGCCACCCAGAGACAAGGCAGAGAACAGGACCAGGAGGCAGCCCACCAUCCCAGAGGAGAGAAGUCUCAGGGAUGAACAAAUUCCAAUGUGGACCUGGGGACAGCCUUGUCACCUGGGUGUGCAGAGGCAUCUGCAGGCCACCAAUGCCACCUUGCCCACUCAGCAGCCAGUGGCUGAGAUGUUGGCCCCUUGUUUGUGGAAUUUGCUGCUCUCAGUGGGUGAGAAGGAGGGGCUUUGGGCUGGACAGUGUUAGGGGUGUCCAGGCUCCAUGUGGCCCAAGUCUUCCUUCCCUGUCAGAGUGCCUGUGCGACUGGCUGCCGGUGGGCUCCAGAGAUCACUGGGGGUGGCACUUCCUGGCCCCAUGGGACUGGUUUUUGUCUCAGGAAAAAGCCUAAUGCUAAAAGGUUCCUUCUUGGACGAGACCAGUGGGAACACCAAGAGGUUUGCCCUUAGGACCAUUUAAUCCUGGCAUCCUCCACAAAACACCUGUGUGAUGCUGCACACAGCAGGCUGGGCGUGGGAACCUCAGGACGGGAGCUGGGCUUGGUGGCCAGAGGCCGGGAAGAAGGAACCCAACUUUGUCGGCUUGCCCCAGGGAGGGGAAGUGCCCCUAAUCCUGUGAUGAGAGCAGGCACUGGUGCCUAGCCCUUCUCUCCAGCAGGGGGACCCUGGCUGGCUCAGUCUUUAGGCACCGUGGGCUGUCUGCCAAUUUCGUUUCUUCCCCAUGAACUGAUGUGAUUGCAUAAACACGGCAGUCAGCUGGAGCCCUCCAGAUCUGUCUGCCUCUGCCGCAACUCGGGGUGUUUCCUGUGAUUGAUGCCACCACUUCAAGUGUCAGACCUGCCCAUUAAGGCACGAAAAGAUGGCUACAGGUGGCCCUCGUGUGCCUGUACCUUCCCUGAGGCCAGCGGUCCUUUUUAUGGCUACUCUGUCCCCUCUCUUCUUUAAUAGCAGCCAUUUGUACGUUGAGUGUUCUGAGAGUGAGCAGUCAGGAGUUCUGGCAGGGGAUGCAGAAUGGGUGUCUUCACCUCGGCUGCUCCCACCUCAGGAAAAGGGGCAGGGUCUGUACAGAGGCUGACCUGUGCACCCAGCCUGGCCAGCGGGCAGUGAGGUCAAGAUCAGCCCCUGCACUUGAGUUUUCUGAGAACAGGAAAACUAUAAACCUCCUGUCCUUUGGUGCAGCAGCUAAUCUAUUAAAGGUAAACCCUGCCUUGGAGCUACCUCGGUAAAUGACGGUGCCUCAA